AUGGAUGGAAAUCCCUCCAACCCUUCCUCUCUCCUAGUCCCAGUUCAGCUAUCACCAGACGGAUGCCAGUCUUAUGACUCUGAAUGUAAGCACCAGCCAUGCUCAGCAUGUGCCCAAGAACCCUGUCAAAGUAGGCCACUCCUGAAGAGGCUGGAAGCCCAGGAUCCAAAACUCACAAUGGAGAUCAACGCCGCGGGUGAAAAGUCUGACAAAACCCAAAAGACAACAGGCGAAUGUUGCCAGCAAAUGUUGAGAGCCCUGAGCUGUGUCACUGGAGAUAUGAAGGCGUUUGGAGACUGGCUAAAAGGUAGGUCACGUUUGUGCCCUAUCUUUACCAGCGCUUUAAGUUCCCUCUUCAGCAAAUGGGACCUUCCAGUUUUCACGCUGCCUUUCAAUUUGGCUCUGAGUCUGUUUCUAGGGGCCACCGGCCAUUAUAAUUCUUUCUUCCCUACAACGCUGAUAGAACCAACCACCUCUUUGCCCAACAACUCUUGGUCCGACUUUCAAGUGUCUAUGCUCCUAAGGUCUAUCCCAGUAGGAAUUGGGCAGGUCUAUGGUUGCGAUAACCCUUGGACUGGUGGCAUCAUCAUGGUGGCUGUUUUCAUUUCAUCCCCUCUCAUCUUCAGUCAUGCUGUGCUUGGCUCAGCAGUUGGAAUACCUGCAGCCCUAAGUCUGGCCUCCCCUUUGAACAAAAUUUAUGCCGGGUUGUGGAAUUACAACAGCUGCCUCUCCUGCAUUGCCAUCGGAGGGAUGUUCUACGCCCUCACCUGGCAGACAUUUGCGUUGGCAAUCGCUUGUGCUUUUUUCACCACCUACAUGGGAGAAGCGAUGGGCCGCAUCUUUUCCGUGUUUGGACUGCCAAUAGGGACCUGGCCCUUUUGCUUAUCUUCGCUCACCUUCCUGCUCUUAACCACCACCAAUGAUGCCAUCUUCAAGCUGCCUCUCUCCAAAGUCACCUAUCCAGAAGCCAACCGGGCCUACUAUGUGGAGAGAAAGAAGCUGUGCUCUGAAUCCAUUUGCGAGAAAGUGUAAGCAAAUCGAAGUGUCAGUCUUGCAACUAGAGAGUCGUCCCAAGGAAGAACGGAAGAAAAACUUAGUUGUCAGUGGACAGUUUGUUCUUCUCGGUUGUAGAUGCCUUCUCUUGGAUCAGAAGUUCAACUCUCAAGAUGUUCUUCAGUUAGAAGUGAAUGUAUUCAUCUGGAAAGGAACAUAAUAUAUGUGGGACAAUUCAGUUUAGACCAGAGGUGUCCAAAGUUGGCCACUUUAAGACUUGUGGUCUUCAACUCCCAGAGUUCCUCAGGCUUGUUUUUAA